AUGGUUCGACCAUCUUACUCCAAGACGGCCAAGGUGCCGCGUCGUCCCUUCGAGGCCGCUCGAUUGGACUCUGAGCUGAAGCUCGUCGGCGAGUUCGGUCUUAAGAACAAACGUGAGGUCUGGCGUGUCCAGCUUACUCUAUCCAAGAUUCGUCGUGCUGCCCGUCAGCUUCUUACCCUCGACGAGAAGGACCCCAAGCGCCUGUUCGAGGGUAACGCCUUGAUUCGCCGUCUGGUGCGUGUUGGUGUGCUCGACGAGUCGCGCAUGAAGCUCGAUUACGUGCUGGCCCUGAAGGUCGAGGACUUCCUGGAGCGCCGUCUCCAGACCUGCGUCUACAAGCUGGGUCUCGCCAAGUCUAUCCACCACGCCCGUGUCCUCAUCCGUCAGCGCCACAUCCGCGUCGGCAAGCAGAUCGUCAACGUCCCCUCGUUCGUCGUCCGUCUCGACUCCCAGAAGCACAUUGACUUCGCUCUUACCUCGCCCUUUGGCGGUGGCCGUCCCGGCCGUGUCCGCAGAAAGAAGGCCAAGGCCGCCGAGGGCGGUGACGACGCCGGUGAUGACGAGGAUGAGGAGUAA